AGAACUCACAACAGAAGCAGCAAUCACAGGAUCCCGCCAGCAUUUGAUAACAGCAAGCCUUAUGAAAGCUGGGAAAAUGAAAUUGGAAUAUUAACUCGUGUUACGGAACUGAAGAAGACGAAGCAAGCCUUGGCUGUUGCAUUGACACUUUCGGAAGGAGCGAGAGAGAUCGCGAUGGAUAUUUCGGUGGAAGACUUGAACAAAGAUGAUGGUAUGAAUAUACUAAUACAUACACAAUUCUGUUUUUUUUGAAGGAAGAAAAAGAUCUGAUUUAUCAGGCAUAUUCAGAUUUUGACAAAAUUUACAGAGACAACUCUAACAAUAUGGCUGAUUGUAUUAUUAAUUUUGAGCAAAAAUACAGUCGCAUGCGUAAUUACAAAAUGGAACCUCCUGGCCCGUAUUGGCUUUGAGCCAGGAAAUGGCAAACUUCACUGACCAGAAGCAACAGUAUAGCAAGCAUAGAUCGCAGAGUGACCGGGCAAGGGUACCAUUACCUGGCACAAGUUCAAUAAACAAGUACGGUAGGGGAUCAAAAAAUGCGGUAUGUCAAAGUAUUUACUACCAGACAAGAAAAUGUCCACAUAGAACUGAACAAGUUAGGCUCACUGAAGAAAAUAACAAAUCUAAAGAUGAAGAAGAAUGCCAUAUCACUCUGUUUGUGAAGGAAUCACUUGCUAAUGCAGAGACAUCUGAGGCAGAGAUUUUGAAGAUAGAAUCUCCAGGAUCUGCUGUUACUGAUACAGCAUGCGCACACACAGUAUGCGGAGAAAAAUGGCUUGAAAGCCGUGUAAAUGAACUAAACCAAAGUGAAGUGCAGACACUGGUGUAUACCGAUACAUCCAGUAACACAGCAUUCAAAUCUGGAGAUGGAAAAAUUGUACAUUCCACUGAAAGAGUGAGAAAGAGUAAGGGGAUGGGAGGAGAAGAUGGCGGCGUGAUGCAGUGCGCGUGGCUGCUCCGAAAUGAUAUCGUAUUUGUAAGUAGGUAUCGUGCACAAUCCGGAUUUGAUGGAGACAGACGUGAGAAGCACGGAGGAACAUCUGGAGUAACUUCUGAAAUGCCUGCUUCGCUGCUGCUGCUACUGUGCGAUCGAGAAUCUCCGGAGGGGAAGGCCCCAAAUCCUCGGCUUUGCCUGUUGCCGGGGCCGGGGUCGAAGCGCUCGGCAGAGAUGGUGCUCGGUGUCGGAGGGCUGGCCGGAAGCUCGAAGUUUUCAGACGGACUCAGAGUCGGACUGUGGUCGGGUGCUUCCAGGGUGCUGCAUCGGCAAGUUUGCGGCGCUGGAAGCUCAUGGCAGGGAGAGUUUUUCUUCCUUCUACUGUCUGCGUGAGAUGAUGGGACUUUCGAGAGACUUUGAGAC